AUUAAAAGUACAAGAGCCUGUUGCUAGUUGGAAAUUUUUUGAAUAUAAAACAAGCAUAAAUACUAUUAUGAUGGAAGCAUCUUGGGAUGAAGAUGAACUUGAAGAUUUAUAUGUUGAUAUUUGUGCAUUCCCAAUAAUUGGAUUUAAUCUUUGUGAAGCUGACAAAGUUGAUAAAAAUUUGAAAGUAAAAAAGGAUUGUUAUGAUAUAUGGGGCGCAACAAGCAGAAAGGCAUUUUUAUCAAGUUUAGGUUAA